AUGAACCGCUCCACAUUGACCGCAGCACUGAUUGCCACCACAGCCGCAGGCGCAAACGCGCAGUGGGAUCCACACAACGGCGAAUGGCUCAAAUCAGAUUCUACUGACAUCCGUGUCAUGACAUGGAAUGUUCAAGACGGCAUCUGCUCCUCCAACGACAAAGGCGACACCUUCGGAGACUGGAACGGCAUCGUCCGCAUCAUCGCAUCCCUACAACCAGACAUCCUCAUCCUCCAAGAGUGCGCCGACAACUCAGGGAACGGCACGGGCAGCGGCGUCGACUCAAUCUCCACGCUCGAAAACGUUGCGGACCUCCUCGUCCAUGGCGGCACCGACAUCUACAACGGGAAUGUCCCAGUCGGUUCCUACAUCCAGCUCUUCACCGGGACCGGAUACGACCUCCCCCACGUCUAUGUCAGUGAAGCCAACGACGGAUUCAAUCGCAACAUGAUCAUGUCCCGCUACCCAUUCGCGGAUCUCAACGGCGGGGGAUCCACCUUCUCCAACUUCGUUCUUGUCCCAGACGCAUAUCAGACCGGCGGCACCCCAGGCAUCCGAGGGUACCAGUUCGCCGAGAUCGAUCUGCCUGACGAAAUGUAUGCCGGCGACAUCGUCGUUGGGAACGGACACCUCAAAGCCGGAGGAAGCUCAAGCGAUUUUGCCCAGCGCGAGAAAGCCAGCGAGAACAUCACCUACUUUAUCGACUACUACUACAACGGAGCUGGAACAGGUACCAGCGAUCCGAACAACCGCAUCUCACUGCCAAGCACAGGGACUGUGCUUGAUGAGAAUACACCAAUCGUUCUCGGAGGAGACCUCAACCAGCAACCCGGAAACGGUCCUGCAGAGUUCAUCGCCCGCGCCGAGUUUACAGGAGGAACCGACGGCACAGAUCGCAAUCGUUCGGACUCCAGCGUAGACCUCGCGCUCCACCCAAUUUCCAAUGAAUCAUCAACCCAAGGUAGCAGCUCAAAGCUCGACUACUUGAUCUACCAAGACUCGAUCGCAACAGCUCGCCGAAGCUUCAUCUUCCGAUCGACCGGAUCUGGAAUGUCAGUCGACGACAUCCCAGAACCAGCACGCUCGUUCCCAAUCAAUCCAUUCUCGAUUUCUGGACUGUCCUCAGACCACAGACCAGUGCUCAUCGACUUUAUUCUUCCCGAAGCCGUCGCGGAUCCAUGCCCUGCGGACUUCACGGGAGAGGGACAACUCAACUUCCUCGAUGUCAGUGCAUUCCUGACCGCUUAUGGCAAGAUGGAAGCCUCCGCAGACUUCACCGGAGAAGGACAGUUCAACUUCCUCGAUGUCAGCGCCUUCCUCACCGAGUAUGGCAAGGGUCCACUGGAUCUCAAGCUCGAUCGACUCGUCGGAAACGCAAGCCUCGGAAACGGCAAAGCCGCGAUCCACAUCAUCGACCUCGACACUGGACGCGAACUCGGAGAGUACAACUCCACCGAACUCAUGAUCCCCGCAUCUAACAUGAAGCUGCUAAGCACCGGAGCCGCACUCAUGGUGCUCGGCGAUAGCUUCGACUUCCGGACAACAAUUGACAUCUACGAAUCCAACAACCGCACCACACUCAUUCUCAGAGGAUCAGGAGACCCCGCCCUCGGCGAUCCCGCGAUCUUUGAAGACGAGCAACAAGUCCUGACGCACGAAGCACUCUUCGAUGCCGUCGCAAAAGCACUCAAAGAUCGAGGUGUUGAAUCACUCGAUGAGAUCGUUGUCGAUGAUCGCGUCUUCGAUAGGAACUGGGCGCACCCUGAUUGGCCCGAAGACCAGCUCAACCGCUGGUACUGCGCCGAGAUCGGAGGCCUCAACUUCCAAACCAAUGUCAUCAAGAUGUACCCCAUCCCAGGUUCACUCGGAGGCACCCCACUACUCGAGAUGCAACCCGACCUCCCUUGGAUCGAUGUGCGCGUCAAAGCGAAGACCAUCAGCAAGGGACGCGACAGCGCUUGGAUCGCGCGUCCAGUCCCAGCCAACAAGUUCACGCUCUACGGAAAUGUGCGAGGCAAAACAGAAAUCCCUGUCAGUGUGCACGAACCAUCCCUGUUCGCUGGAACCGUCUUUGCACAGUCACUCAAAGAACGUGGGAUCGCACUCAUCACCAACGGAUACGCAAACGAAGCCGUCAGACUCGCUGACGCUGAAGACGAAUGGGCUUCUACACCAGUUGCUGUGGUUACGACCCCAAUAGCCGAUGUGGUCACGCGUGCGAACACCGACUCACACAAUCUCUACACCGAAGCCCUGAUCAAACGCAUCGGACACGAAAUCACCGGAGAUCCUGGAUCGUGGGAAAACGGUGCAUCCGUCAUCCGUCUCCUGCUCAGCCAGCAUGUCAGCGCCACAGCCGCACAAAGUACAAUCAUCGCAGACGGCUCAGGUAUGAGCCGGGAAAACCGAGUUGCACCAAAAACUCUUACCAAGAAAGGGCACACUCAAACGACGCUUCCUCAAUGCCAAUCUUGA